GGCCCCGCCGAGCCGCCGGCGCUGCCCGCCCCAUCAGGCGAGGGACAGGAGACCCGCCCCGGCCGGCAGCGAGCCGAGCCGUCGCCGCAGCGCCAUGAAGAUCAAGGAUGCCAAGAAGCCGUCUUUCCCGUGGUUUGGCAUGGACAUUGGGGGAACGCUGGUGAAGCUUGCCUACUUUGAACCCAUUGACAUCACUGCAGAGGAGGAGCAGGAGGAGGUUGAAAGCUUGAAGAGCAUCCGCAAAUACCUGACUUCCAAUGUAGCCUAUGGAUCCACUGGCAUUCGGGACGUCCACCUGGAGCUGAAAGACUUGACCAUUUUUGCUCGAAGAGGAAACUUGCACUUUAUCCGAUUCCCAACUCAUGAUUUGCCUACUUUUAUCCAAAUGGGAAGGAACAAAAACUUUUCGACACUACACACGGUGCUCUGUGCCACCGGCGGUGGCGCGUACAAGUUCGAAGAAGACUUUCGCACAAUUGGAAACCUCCAGCUGCACAAACUGGAUGAGCUUGACUGCCUUGUCAAAGGCUUAUUGUACAUAGACUCUGUCAGCUUCAAUGGCCAGGCAGAGUGCUAUUAUUUUGAAAAUGCCUCAGACCCCGAGAGAUGCCAAAAGAUGCCUUUUAACCUGGAUGAUCCCUACCCACUGCUGGUGGUUAACAUUGGUUCAGGAGUCAGCAUUUUAUCAGUCCAUUCCAAAGACAACUAUAAAAGAGUAACUGGAACAAGUCUAGGUGGAGGGACCUUCCUUGGUUUGUGCAGUUUGUUGACGGGCUGUGAAAGUUUUGAAGAAGCUCUGGAAAUGGCAUCCAAAGGAGACAGCACACAUGCUGACAAGCUGGUUCGGGAUAUUUAUGGAGGAGACUAUGAAAGAUUUGGCUUACCAGGGUGGGCUGUAGCAUCCAGUUUUGGGAACAUGAUCUACAAAGAGAAGAGAGAGUCUGUUAGUAAAGAAGAUCUUGCAAGAGCCAUUUUGGUGACCAUCACCAAUAACAUUGGGUCUAUUGCCCGGAUGUGUGCAGUAAAUGAGAAAAUAAACAGAGUUGUGUUUGUUGGCAAUUUUUUGCGUGUGAAUACUUUGUCAAUGAAGCUUCUUGCGUAUGCACUGGAUUACUGGUCAAAAGGCCAGCUGAAGGCCUUGUUCCUAGAACAUGAGGGAUACUUCGGAGCUGUUGGUGCUCUGCUUGGGCUGCCCAAUUUCAGUUGAGAUACCAGAUGUCACUACACUGAACUAUUUUCCACCUGAACAACAUUUGUUUAUGGCAAUGGGAAUUAAAUCUGGGGAAGGGAGAAGAAAACAGCCCAUUUUCUGUAACCGUUUAUAAGAAGUGAUUAGCUACUGAGUAUUGCUGUUCUAAGGAAGGGUUUCACUCUGGGCAUUGGAAAGUGAACUGUUUGUGGUUAUCAUUUAUGUUCUUUGGUACUUGUAGCCAGUGGUGAACUCAUAAUAUGCAAUACAUCCUCUGAAAACAACCUUCCAGAAAUCCCAGACAAAGGAAUGCCAAACCAUUAAGUGCUCAACAUGAAAAUAAUUGCAAGUUUACUCCUGAGGCUUUAAGCCCAUCAGUUUUGUAUAUAAUUAAUGAAUGAACAAUUAUUUUCAUUAGUUAUAGUAUAGUAUGAGCACAAUUUCCCCUGUGUACUUAGAGAAAACAACUUUAAAAACAGCGAGGUACUAUCUACAAGAUGAGAGGAAUCUGUAUACCAUUCCUUCCCACAGUAAAGAACAGUAAUUAUUUUAUUUUUCUGUCUAAUGGAAAUAAUAUUAAUGCUUUAAUUUUCAGUGGGAAGAAUAGAAACACAAAAAAUCAGCCAAAGCAGCAGAUUAAGCAUCUGAUGUUAUGAAAGUUUCAUGAAGAUACUCACUUGCUCUCUUCAUUUAUUUGAAAAUUUAGCUGGUAUUUUGGGAAGAUCCCUCUGUCUUUGAUUGGAUUUGGAAAGGAGUUUAGUGAUUAAUGAAGGCAGGUUUUUUUCAUUUUUCAUUGUUUUUGGGUUUUUUUUGAGGGCAUGACUCCCAAAAUGCCUUCUGGAUUUUUGUUGUCUCUUUUUAUCAGUUCUGCCAUCAUGAAUCAUUAUUUGUGAAGGUACCACAAAGCCUGAGAGUAUUAUGUUGUAUUUUUCAUGAUUCUGAUGACCUCAGGACCUCAUAAUUCUGGUGUUUUGGCUCAUUUCUGUGGAGAUUUGGAAAAUUUUGGCUACUAAUUUAAAAUUCUGAGUUCUACUUAAUUUUGUAGGAGUUGAUCAGAAUCUAAUUAGAUGUUGAAAAUGAAAGGUUGCUAGCUUACUUUUGGAUUUGGGAAGUUUGUUUUUGAAAAUUGAGGACAGCAUCAGAGUUUGUAUUGCAGCACCAAACGGACCAACGUUUAGUGCUCUCGCAAUAUGGAACAUCAAAUCGUGGCCUUGGGAUAAAAUCCACCCUCUGGAACUGAUCUUUGGGGUUUUCUGUAGACUUUUAAAAUUUACAGUUGUGAUUAUUGUAAUAAGUUUAGUCCUGAAGCCAGGGCAUGAGAUCUUAAACUUACGAGACUAUUAUACAAUCAUUAGCUACGUGAAUUUUUGUGGACUAAAGAGCUACCCAAUUUUAUUAUAUUUUCAUGUUCAAUAUUUCCUGUAUGUGCAUGAGGAGCAACCAGACUAGAACACAUUGAUAUCUCGGGGUUUAAGGUAUUUUUAAAACUGAUUGCUCGAGUAUUCCACAGCAUGGCUGUGUUGUAUUUACAGAUACACCCACCUAGUGUGUUAGAAACCCUGUGUGCUAUUUCAGUCUUCUCUUUCUUACAAUUCAAAGCCCCAUACUAACAUCAUAUGUUAUCUUUUAAGAUUUUCUGGGAUCCUUUAAGAGUACAGUACCUUAGGGCAGGCAGCUCAUUUAAGUGCAGCUGCCAAUUUCAAAUGCAGUUCCAUUUAUUGUUGCUUUUUCCGGUACUUGUACUGCAUUUCUAUUGUGCUUGCUUUUGAUGUUUCACUUUAGACAUAAACAACUAAAAAUUACACCCACAGUUCAGCUGAUCUAAUGCUAAUUCAGAGCACUUCAGAAAAUAAGCAAAUAUGGGUUUUAUAGAAUGUCUUUAUAAAUGCUGUAUACGGCUCGUUUGGGUUAUGGUUGACUAUCAGAAGUAAACUUUAUUUGGUUAAUAAAACUGUGUGAAAACCUAAUUUUCUGAGUGUUCUGACAGCCUGCUGAAAAGUUUGCAAACUAACUGCAUAUUUUAUUUGCAAAGUGAGGUACUUUAAGACAUAUACUACAGCUCCAUUAGAAAUAGUUCCUUUAGACCAUGUUUAUUGCUACUUCAGUUCUCUUUUGGUGAUACUGAGAGUCCUUUUGAAGCAGUAGUUAGAAGCUACUUACAUAUUUAACCAAAAGCACACAUAGCAGAGGAUUACCUAAUAUCCAUGGUUCAUUAAACCAGUUGAAGCUGAUGUGACUUAAGAUACAUUUUUUUUCUAAGUAAAUUGUUACAAAAUAAGUGGAAUAAUUCUUGAAUAGCUGUACUGUAUAGAAACUACUGUGAGAAUCAAAAAGUAUGCCCUACCUCUGGUUUACUUCCCUUGAGCUUCUAAAAAAGUUGGUUUCCUAUUCCUGGUUUAAUCAGCACAAUUGGUACUUCAUUACAAGAGCAACCAGAGCAGUUGUCAAGCCCUACUGUAAAGCCCAGGGAUCCUGUAUUUAAGCGUCAUCUUUGGGUUUCAUCUCACUUUCUGUCAGCUUAGAACUUGUUAGAGUCCCCAAAGAUUGACUCUACCACCAGGAGAAAUGAUAGGCAUCACAAGUAGUUGCAAGAUAAGCCUUAAAGUCUUCUCUUUGAAAUUCUCUUCUAAAUAUGUUGAAAAGGAUUGUUUCUUUUACACAGAUAACUGAAGUAGCUUGCUUUUUCCUGAUCCUCUGUUUUUUCUUUCACCCUUGCCAUUUCCUCAAAGCCAACUGGUUGAAGCAGCUUUAGGGUGAAUGGAUACAAAUGAAAAUUUGGGGUUUUCUCAGGACUACUGUUGUCUUCUCAAGUGGAACCACUCCUCUAGAGGAAAGUUCUGUGAUACUUCUUCUAAAGUAAAAUGCAAAAUU